AUGGACCCCUCUCCUGAGGUUGAACCUCAUAGUAAGAAGGAUGACGAUUCCUCUAAAUCUGAAAAGGAUAUGGCUGCUGAAGGUUUGUGCUCUUUAGGGAAAACUGUGUCUGGUAAAAAAUCUGUGGCAUCAACAACUGCCAAUGCUUCACAUUCUGAGAAGCAUGAUUUUGCCAACAAUAAGAGGAAGGUGAGACAAGUAUCUGAGUCUGAUGAAGAUGUUGAAGAAGAUGUCCCUGACAUCUCCCCUGUGAAGAGGACAACUGUUAGGAAGUCCCUUAUGAAAGUUGCUGUUGUACAUUUGGACAAUAUCUCUUUCCAUCUUGAAGAUGGAGCAGCAAAAUGGAAGUUUCUGAUCCAAAGAAGGGUGGCUGUAGAGAGAGAGUUAGGCAAGGAUGUUGUUGAGGUCAAAGAGGUCAUGGACCUAAUUAAAAAUGCUGAGUUAAUGAAGACUGUGGCUGGGUUAUCUCAGUGCUAUAAGGGAUUAGUGAAGGAAUUCAUUGUCAAGAUUUCUGAAGAUAUUGCUGAUAAAAACAACAAGGAAUUUUGUAAAGUUUUUGUGAGAGGGAAGUGUAUCACAUUUUCUCCUACUGUGAUUAAUAGGUUUCUGGGAAGAGGUACACAAGGUGCAUGUGAAUUGGAAGCCACUGACAAUGAGGUAUGUAAAGAAAUUACAGCACGACAGGUGAAGGAGUGGCCUAGUAAAAAGCAUCUCCCUGCUGGGAAGCUGACUGUUAAGUAUGCCAUAUUGCAUAAAAUAGGGUCUGCAAAUUGGCAUGCUUCUACUAAUGCAGUAAAGUUGCCUAUAUCUUUUCCCUUAAUGAUUUGUGGCAUUAUCCUGAGUCAACACCCUAGAGUUCUGAGUACAAAUGACCUUCCAAGUAGAAGAAAACCUCUUCUAUCAGUAAACUACAAAUUGUUUGAAGGUAGUCAUGUCGAAAACAUUGUCAUGACAUCUGCUGUGAAAAAGCCAGCCUCAAAAGGUGGUCUUAUUGAUGAGCUGAAGGAAACUUAUGAUGUUGGAGAUGAUUUGUAUGAUACAAAUGAUGUGGGAGAAGUUGUUAAACUGUAUGUUACAGGUGAUGUUGAAGGUGAUGCUAGAUGGGGAAGUGUUCUGUCUGUGUUGAGCAGACUAAUGCUAGCUGAAUGGGGAGGUGGUGUGUUAUGA